AUUGAAAUAGUUCAUCUACAUGAUUCAUUAAACCGUGGCAAUAGUAAACUGUAGUAGACGUUGUUUGUGAUCUGUCAGUGUAGUUUAAAAAUUGAAUUAUUUAAAUAACGCAAUUGCAAAGUUUGAUUUUAACGUUGUACACAACACUUCAACUACAUAAUGAACGCACCACCCACCUUUGAAUCAUUCCUUCUUUACGAAGGAGAGAAAAAGAUUAUUAAAGAGCAAGACACUAAGGUUCCGAAUGCCGCAAUUUUCACAGUGAAUAAGGAAGACCAUACUCUUGGAAACAUGAUCCGCAACCAAUUAUUAAAGGACCCCCAAGUUUUAUUUGCUGGAUACAAAGUUCCUCAUCCAUUAGAACAUAAAUUUGUGAUUAGGAUUCAAACAACAUCAGACUACACACCACAUGAAGCUUUUAUGCAUGCGAUUACAGAUCUUAUUGCAGAACUUUCAUUAUUUGAAGAACGUUUCAAGGAAGCUAUCAAAGAGAAAAAAGAAGGUUUGGAUUAAGUUCUAUUAGUUAUUUAAUAUAGAUAUUUUAAGGAAUUAUGUAUAUAAUUAAAUAUCAACAUGUAUGAAUGAGAUCUUGUUACAAAGUGACCUGAUAUACUUUAAUGAAUAAACUAAAAGUAUUUGUAUAUAAGAAUGAUUAAAUAAAAUCAAUUUUAAGAAAUUGUUUAUAAUAUUUAUAUAUUAUAUCAUUUUGAUAAGGAUUUUUCUAGAGAGAUACAAAGGAGAAUUAACAAUAACUUGUUUUCUUUAUUAUAACUAAUCAGUAUUUACUUUUAAUUUGAAUGAAUCUCUGUAAAAUACUAAAAUCAGUCUCUUACAAUUUUAUUUCUCUUAACUACAAAGCAUGAAGUUUUAAGACUAAUUUAAUGAAUGUAUCAACCCUGUGUUAAAGCUUAGUUAAAAGGCAAGACAAUGGUAAGUCAUAGUAGUACAAUUUUGCUGAAAUGAUUUUCGUACAAAUAUUAAUGAUAAAAAUAA